UUCACUUGUUAGAGAAAUCAAUAUUCGUGAACUAUCUUCGGUUUCGAAUCUCACCUACCCACAAAAUGGCGUUCAAAUUCGUGCUCCUCGUGCUGCCAGCGCUCGCGCUCGCGAAAAUAGACAUCGAACUUUCUGGAACCUUCGAGAAGAACCUCAACCUCGCCUUCUCCGGCCAAGAAAUUGACGUCAUCAGCGACACAGAGCGGGAAACCUUCCAAUUGACAGACAGCAACUUGAAGAAAGGCGCCGAAUUGUACUUUGGACAAUGGCCAGACGACAUUUUCGUAAAGAGCCCUACACCCUGGGGUGAUUUGUACAGGUCCUACGGCUGGAGACAGGUUUCCAGGACUCUGGUGCCAAAACGAGGCCGUGUUUUAUCCAUGACAACACAACCCCAGAUCGUGAUGCAACAGAUCUUCGAAAACAACAGCUCUAAACCUGCCUCCUUCAACGUGGGCAUCUCACAAGCCGUCCAGAACACAAUGAGCUCAUCCUGGAGCAAAUCUGGCGAUUUAACCGUUGGUCAAGAGAUCAGCUACGACUUUGACAUCGAUUUCGUCAAUGUAGGUGGUAAAACGUCCUUGGAAUUCUCUUCCUCAUGGGGAACGAACUCCGAAAAGUCGCAGACGAUUACCGUCGGUUCCGAAUCCCAUAUGGAGUUAAUGUUGACUCCUGGACAAUCGGUUUUGGCUGAAUUACACGCUACCAGAGGUUCUUUGAAGGUGGAAGUUGAAUAUGAAGCCAGUUUAAGUGGAUCCCUCGCUGUGAACUACAAUAACCUGUACAGGGACCAUCAUUUCUGGGCGUUGGAUGUCAGAACUGUUAUGGCUAAAGCUGGUCUGAACAACGCUUUAAUCUCUAAGCAAAUUAUGGAAAUCGGCUUUUUCACAAACUCUAAGGUUGUUGUGUUUGACAGGAAGUUCAACACGAAGAUCAUGGAUGUUGUUGUUUGAUUUGUAAAUAUGUAAUAAAUGGUUUGAAUGUGA